AUGGUUGAUGAAUUUGUAUCUUUGAUAGAUAGUUUUGAAUCCGAUGGAAAACUCCUGACAAACUCCAACCUUUCCAAGACCAGCUGCCUGGACAGCAGUUCCGUGGACCAUGAGGGCUACUACCUGUGUGAUGAGGAAGCCCUUUUAAAGGAAUCCAGUGCUUCCACUGGCUAUUAUCCCUGCUAUCGAACGUACGUGGAGUUCCCCCGGUACCAGCCUUCCAACACGAGUGACCCCAGGGAGGAAAAAGGAAGUCCCUGCGAUGCCAGUGUCCAGUGUGAUGGCUAUCUGGAGGAAGAAGCUAUCGGCAAAGAGAAAAGAGAAGUGGAAGUUAAUAAUAAUUUUAAGGUAUCAGUGGCCGCCCAGGAUUCUCCCCGUGGUCAACCAACUGCGGGCUCCCGGCCUGGAUCUGGUGGGAGAAAGCUGGAAGGACCUGGAUGGAGGCGUUUGAGGCCAUCCAGCAGUGACCAAGAGUCAGGUAGCGCUCGGAAGGAACCAGAGGCAACUCUGAAGCCCCGCACCCCAGGGAGCUCCCCAUACAAGUCGAGUGCAAGGCUCAAAACCUCCAAAGAGCCACCAGCCCCAGUACCACGGAACAACCUCCUGCUGCCCACAGCCAACCUCAGCAGGAAGUCUCCCCAGAAACGGAAGCACAGAAGCAGCCAAGCAGAUGAGAAGGAGCAGGCCACCGUGAUGGAACUAAAGCCUCUGCUCCAGGACCAGCGCUCACUGCCCCCGAGUCCGGAGGCCAAGGCAGGAUCUCCAGGGAUCCGCUGCUAUCGCUCAGAGCAAGCAGGGGAGAAUAGCCAGGUCCAACCGACAAAAGAAAAAAAAAUCCCCAGCCCUCAGCAGAUGCCUUCUGCUGUGGCCUCCACCCUAGCAGCUGAGUCCCCCCCCAGUUGCGCAAAGCCCCACGCUGCCUCCUCCCGUCUCAGCUUCCACACCAUCGUCUCCUGGGUCUGGAAGAUCUUCAAGAAACCAUCCUCGGCGCAGCCACGGCCUAGUACCAGCGGUGAAACGGAAAUAGGAGGCAGCAGGGAGUCACUAGCCUCUCGGCUAAGACUGUGGCUCACGCAACGCAGCAGCCGCAUUCACCCCAGGCCGCCGUGAUAUUGGCCACCCAUCCUCUGGGGAAGAGUCAGCAGACAGUUCCUUGGGGAAUGUGAAAUAUUUUUCAGAAACUGAUGGUUUCCAUUAAAACUUCUGCUUUCCUCUUUUGUGCCAGAA